AUGCUCUCACGUGUUGCUGCAGCUGUCAUGGCACCCCGCACACAAAACCGUCGCUGCGUGACCGGAUCCGGCGGGAGGAGGAGGGAAGGAAGAGAAAGUGAGCCGCAGAGGCCCGACAUGUCCCGGCAUCUCUUCUGCUCUGCGGUUCUGCUCCUUGUCGUGAUGAUGUGCUGCGGCAGUGGAGGUGCACAAGCUGUGGGGAAGGAGUCAACAGUUUCAAAGUUUGAAUGGAAGGAAAUCAAGAGUGUGGAUGGUGUAAAUUUGGACUCUUUGGGUGCUCCCGGCCUUCUAAAAGUGGGGAGUGAUGUGUUUGCCGUUGCCGAGGCGCAGUGCAAAAAGAACGGUGAAAGCAACAGCUUUACUGGCAUUGCUUCCCAAAUUAUCACGAAAGAUAAUGCUAACACACCGGUGGAAGCGCUGACGGAUCAAAAAGAUAAGACACAAUUUCUGGAGGAAGGUACUUCCGAUGACCCAAAGAAGAAAGUGGAUGUGAGCCGACCAACAACAGUCGUGGAGGGAAAUGAUAUUUACAUGCUUGUUGGGAAAUACAGCCGGACAGCUGCUGUUAAAGAGGGUGGCGGUGCAGAUGACGUGGGAUUAUUGCUGGUGAAAGGGAACGUCAGUGACGGAAGUGGUGGUGAUAAAAGAAUCAAAUGGAAAGAUAAUGACGAUGUCUCGCGUAUUUCUGUUGGCGAACUAGAAUCGUGGUCACGGCUGACUGGCGGCGGGGGAUCGGGUAUUAAGAUGGAGGACGACACGCUUGUGUUCCCCGUGGAAGGCACGAAAAAGGAGGGUGAAAAGGCCGUAUCGCUGCUCAAAUACUCUUCGGAGGAUACUGAGAGUUGGAAGCUGUCGAAGGGGAUGUCUGACGGUGGUUGCAGUGAUCCCUCCGUCGUGGAGUGGGAGAAGGAAAAACUCAUGAUGAUGACUGCGUGUGAUGAUGGCCGCCGCAGGGUGUACGAGUCCGGUGACAUGGGGGAUUCGUGGACGGAGGCACUCGGGACACUCUCGCGCGUGUGGGGCAACAAACAGGGCGAAGGAGCUAAGGGCGUUAGAAGCGGGUUCAUCACAGCGACGAUUGGCGGUGAUGAAAAUAACAGAAAUGUGAUGCUCGUUACUCUGCCGGUGUAUGCCGAGAAGGCUGAUAAAAAAGGUGAACUCCAUCUUUGGCUGACGGACAAUACGCACAUUGUUGAUAUUGGGUCGGUAUCCGAUGAUGACGCUGCCGCCAGCUCCCUGCUGUACAAAAGUGCUGGAAGUGGAGAUAAUAAUGAUGAGAAGUUGAUUGCACUGUACGAGAAGAAGAACGGUGGGAAACCAUCACACAGUCUUUGGUCUGUGCUUCUGACUGCGCAGCUGCAGCGUGUGAAGGAUGUGCUGGCGACGUGGAAGAAAGUGGACGAAACUGUCUCCAAACUGUGCCUCUCAAGUGCUGAGGAGAGUGCCUCAACUGGCAAUGCCCGCAGCACUACUGUUAAGAUCACGGAUGGGCUGGUUGGCUUUUUGUCCGGCAACUUCUCUGGUAACACAUGGAAGGACGAGUACCUCGGAGUGAACGCCACAGUGAAGAAGAAAGAUGAAGGGGCUGCAAAGAAUACAGAGGAUACAGGGGCAACAAAAACUUCCGAUGGUGUGAAGUUCCAGGGAGCGUGGGCGGAGUGGCCUGUUGGCGAGCAGGGGGAGAAUCAGCUGUACCACUUUGCGAACUACAACUUCACUCUUGUGGCGACGGUGUCCAUUGACGGUGAGCCGGAGGAGGGGGGUUCUCCCAUUCCUUUGAUGGGUGUGAAGAUGAAUGACAGCGGGAAGACUGUACUCCUGGGACUGUCGUACAACGACGAAAAGAAGUGGAAAUUGCUUUGCGGUAGCGGACCGAAUUCGGGAGGUCAAAGCGUUACUUUGGCGACGGAGACAACACACCACGUGGUGCUUGUGGUACGGAACAGCACUCAAGGCUCCGCGUAUGUCGAUGGUAAGCAAGUGGGUGGGGACGAAGCGUGUGCAUUGGAGAAUAUGGAUUCAAGAGCGGUAUCCCACUUCUACAUUGGAGGGGGCGGAGGCAGUGCAGGCGGCGCAGGGAGCGAAGAAGAAGAGAUGUCUGUGACUGUGACUAACGUCCUGCUGUACAACCGCCCCUUGAGCUCUGAAGAGAUUGGCGCCCUAAACCCGAAUAAAGCUUUUAUUCCACCUGUGGUGCCUGAAAAUGCCCAAGAAACCCAGUCGCAGUCCUCUUCUGCCGGGCAACAGACGUCGGGGCCUAAAUUGUUGAAUGAAAAUGAGGGUGUGGGCGGUGGCAGCACGUCCCCAUCAGAACCGUCCACUGUAACGACCUCCUUAGGAAAAGAGCAAUCCGAAAUUCAGCCGCCUUCAGCAAUAUCUUCCGGUGGAAGUAAACAUGUGGAUGUCGCUUCUUCAUCCGAUGGUGAUCCAACGGUGGGAGCGGAAGCUGGAGGUGCUGUGCAGGGAGACACACCACCCCAAACUCCUGUGGAUACUCCCGACACAGCAGGUGCAAACGCUCCUACCGCCACGGACACAGCUCAAGUUGGCCCCACAGCUACAACUGGGGUGGGUGCGAUCUCUGGUGCGAAUGUGGAGACGGCGGAAGGGAGGGAUGGGCAGGGAGAGCUCCAUGCACGGGACGGCGAAGUAAAGGCUGCGGCACUCAGCAGCAGCCUCGGAAAUGUGUCGCAGGGGAAUAACAGCGAUGCCGGCACUGUGUGUGGGAGCGGACUGCUGCCGCUGCUUCUGCUGUUGGGACUGUGGGGGUUUGCGGCUCUGUGA